AUGUUCCCUCAACCACCAACUCUAGAGUCAGAGGAGACGGUGGCUUCCAUCCUGUCGGAGGCCUUUGAGUCAAACUCGACCGGUGUAGCCAUUGACUGGGAGCACGAAGACCAAAUCACCUACGAGCAAUUACAUGACAAGGUACAGAGACUUGCCCGGAGGCUUCGCCCUCAGGCACCUCCUGGAACCCCAGUUGUGGUGUGCUUACCUCGUUCGGUGGCGCAAAUUGUCAGUAUUGCCACAAUUCAAUGGCUGGGAGCAGUUUACGUGCCCUUGGACCCCACCAUCCCACAAAGCAGACUGCAGGGCUUGUUGAAGCGAUUGCAAAAGCCCGUCAUCUUAGCGAACCAAGACUUCCUCCAACGAUACCCUAACCCCCAAUCGAUUGAUGGGACCUACUUGAAUGUCGAGCAAUGUCUCGCCGACGACGAAGAGCAUGCUGUGGAACAGAGUAGCCCGAUUGCUAUCCGUGAGCCAGAUGAUCUGGCGAUUAUCCUCUUCACAUCGGGAAGUACAGGCGAGCCGAAAGGCGUGAAGCUCUCGAACCGCAAUAUCAUCGAGCCCAUUCGCUACUUGAGCUGCCAGCAGGAUAUCACCACCCGUUCUCGAAUCCUUCAAUUCGCCGGCCCGGCCUUCGAUGUGCAUAUGCUGGACAUAUUUUGUGGCCUUUUCAAUGCCGCGACGUUGUGCUUGGUCACCAAGGAUAAGCUUCUUUCCCAGUUGGCCUUCUGGAUCAACAAGAUGGAAGCGAGUAUGAUCCAUCUCACUCCCAGCAUGUUGUCAAUGCUGCGCCCUGUGGAUGUUCCUGGAAUUCGGUACAUGCUGUCAAGUGGAGAAGCGAUCACUCAGGAGAUCAUUGACACGUGGGCCUCUUCCGCCGUGCUUCUGAAUCUUUACGGGCCCUGUGAAGCCUCCUCCAUUGUCGGCUCGCGACUGCUACCGGGCGAUUCGGCGAGUAUCAUCGGCAAGGCUACUCCAUUCUCAAAUAUCAUUGCGCUACAAGAGGAUGGGCAACCUGCCGGUCCAGGGGAAUCUGGUGAGAUUUACUGUACCGGCAAGACCAUCUUCCUGGGAUAUCUCGGAGAUGAGAGCAUGACGCGAUCGAAAUUCCGUGCGCAGGGCCCGGGUCUUCCCGAUCUCUUUGGCACAGGGGAUGUCGGUUUAGUCACCGAAGAUGGAUAUCUCAAACUCUUGGGCAGAAUUGAUACACAAGUAAAAAUCAAUGGGCAACGCGUGGAGCUGCAGGAGAUUGACCAUGCGUUGACCACUAUCGCUGCCAAAGCAGUCACAAGGUGGAGAAAGGAUCCAGGGGGCCAGAUCCGACUGCAUUCCUUCGCUACCGAGUCAUCUGCUUUCUGCUAUCCGUCUGAUCCUUGUGAGCUGCGCACUGAUGGCCAGAAAUUGAUCGAACGCCUCUCGGGAGUCUGUCGGGCCACGCUGCCCUCGUACAUGGUUCCUGAGAUUAUCCUGGUAAGUGCAAUUCCCCUCAAUGCGAGUGAAAAGAUUGAUCAGAAGCGUCUCGACCUUUUGCUCGAGUCUCAUCUACAGUCAGCCAGUGGAAUCCUUGAACUCGAUGCCACGGCCGGAAAUACUGCCACGGAGCAGAUCGUAGCCACGAUGAUCAGUGAGCAAUUAAAUCGCCCUGUUCGAUCUGCUCAGAGCAAUCUACUCUCCAUGGGACUAUCCUCGCUGGAUGCCAUGGCUGUGUUGAAGCAAAUUCACUUCGAGUUUGCUGUGUCUCUUUCUCUACACAACUUCCUUCAAGGUCCCACGGUGAAGCAGGUUGCGAAAAUGAUCGAUGAGCAGGCAGAAACGAGGACGGCAGAUCUUUCCACUCAAUUGCCAAAGGAAGACAUAUCCAUUCCGAAUGAGGAGGCGAUCACCUCUCCGUCUCAGGACCGGAUAUUCGCAGCCGACAGAUUGCUUGCGAAUAGCGCAUACAACUGCAAUUUUGUCCUUCGUCUUCCCUCGAUGGACCUGGAUGUGGAGCGCCUGCGCCGGGCUAUUUUCCAUGUCUAUGCCCGGCAUGACGUUCUCCAUUCGACAUAUCAUGAUGCUGAUUCGGAUGGCAAGGAAGCCAGCCCCAAUGCAUUGCCCCUUGUGAGGCAACGAGUGUGGCCGGUCGCUGAUCUUCCACUACAGUGGACAGUGGUCGGCCCUAAGGAUUGGGAGAUAGUCGGCGUGCAACACAAGAAGUCCCUGCUUGAGAGCUGUAUGGACCGCAUCGCAACGGAGGCGGAAAUCCUGUUCAACCUGAGCCAAGAAUCGGCCCUGAGAGUCACAGUCUAUGAACUUGGGUCUCAACAGUGGAUUGUUCACUUUAAUGUUCACCAUAUCGCGAUGGAUGAAUGGUCAUUUCAUAUCCUCACGAGAGAAAUUGAGGAGUUCUAUUCAUCUGAGCAGUCUUUCGACGCCCAAUCUUCCCCAGCAGCAGUGCAAUACCACGAGUUUGCCAAGUGGCAGCGUUCCACUUCGUUACAGCACGAAUACAACAAUCAUCUCCAAUGGUGGGAGAAACGAAUCGGCGAUGAACUGGCUUCACUGCGCCCUGAAGACCUCGGUCCCUUGCCUCCCCAUGUCCCUUCUUUGCCGGUCGAAGAACGCGACAAGAGCCAGUUGAUCACGCAGGAUCUCGACUCUGACCUCUUCCGGAGUUUUCAGGAGCAAAUCUGUGCUGGGUCUACAGCAUUCGUGGGAUGGCUUGCCUUGUUUCAACUCCUGAUGGCGCGCGUGAGUCGCAAGAACGAAUUUCUGCUGGCGGUUCCAGCGACGGAGCGCGGCGUCAGCGCUAGAUUUAUUGACGUUGUGGGUUUCUGUCUGAAUACUGUUCUGAUCCCCUCUACCGUUGCACCAACAGACACUUUCAAGACUCUUUUGGCCCGGACACAGGAGACAUUCCUCUCCUGUAUCUCACACUCUGUACCAUAUGAAGACGUCGUUGCCAAUCUAGCCGCAAAGAGGCAAACCGGUCGUUCCAGCCUCCAGCUCAGUGUGAUGUUCGUGCUUCAUGAUCUCCGGACAACCCCUGGCAAGGCCUUUGAUGCCAGCUCCUUUCUUGAAACGGCGGACUACAUCCAACUUCCAACUAAGGGGGCGGACUUCCCUCUAAUUGUCCACAUCGAUCCAAACUACAGCCCACCUCGUCUUAUCCUGCAACACCGGUUUGAUGCUUUCCGUGCAUCCUUUGUCCAGACCCUUGGCCGUGGCUUUGCAUCGUUACUCCAAGAUGUCGUUCACUCUGGCCUUGAGGCACCCUUGAUGCAGAUGAAUCUCAUCUCACCGAGAGAUGCGCGAAUCCUCGAUAGCUGGGCUGUGGCUCCCAAGAUACCCGAGCAUAUACGCCGUGCUUGGCUUGAGAAGGACGGGCUGACAUUAGUGGACCUGUUCCAUGAGGUCGUGGAGAGAUACCCCGGGCUACUGGCGGUGGAAGGCUUGACCGGGGAGAAGUUCACUUAUGAGCAGCUGUAUGCUCGUUCAGCUAUGCUGUCUCGAUUCCUGACGAGAAGGUACGACAUUUCUGGUCAAGUGGUGGUUAUCGCUAUGGAUAAGUCUCCAGCAUUGGUAAUCACCGUCCUCGCGGUCCUCCUAUCAGGCGCUGCGUUUCUGAUGAUCGAUCCGACUCACAAAAGUAUCCUGAACGCGAGCAAGGUGUCGGUAAGCAACGCAUCGCUCAUGAUCACUGACUCCGAAAGUUACUCGGCUGUCAAUCAGAUCCCGAGGCCCGCCGAUACCUCGAUUUUGCGGUUUGAUGAGACUCGCUGGGCGAACGAGCCGGCGACAACCAUUCAGUCAUCCAUUCCUGUCUCCUCAGGGGCAUGGUUUUGCUUUACCUCCGGGUCGACCGGGAAUCCCAAGUGCUUCUCGAUUCCCCAUCGCGCUGCAGCAGCUUGCUUGAUGAGUCUGAUUGAUUAUUUUCAACAUGGACCGGGUACAAGAAUGCCACUUCUGAGCAAUGUUGUUUUCGAUGUCAGCAUCUCAAGUAUGCUCAGUCCUCUUCUCUCCGGAGGAACUCUCUGCCUUGCCCCCUCCGAGAGCUUCGUGACCGAUCUUGAGACCACGUUACGGGCUUUAGCAAUCACCCAUAUGGAAGCUACUCCGAGUGUGGUUGCCACGCUUUCGGGACCUUGCGCGUUGCCCUCUCUCCAGUCCCUCUCCCUUGGAGGAGAGCCUCCGGUGAGGGACGUGACCAAGAUGUGGAUGGACAAGGUGGAUGUGUAUAACAUCUACUGUCCCGCGGAAUGUACCAUCAUUGGAUUCAUUCACCGUUUCAAGCCCAGCGAUGAUCCCGAGGGCAUGAUGCGCAAUAUCGGCCGCAGGACUUCGCCGGUGCGCUCCAUGAUUCUCGACGCCAACAAAUGCCCGGUCCUGCCUGGGGCUGUUGGGUAUUUGCACAUUGGCUCAUAUAUGGAUGGGAAACUAGGGCAAUUGAGCACAGGCUACCUGGCGCCUCAAUCGGCCAACGCCAAAUUCUCCCAGGACUCGCGUGCGGGGCGAAUCUACAACAGCGGCGACUUGGCGUACUAUGAUGAGGAGGGAAAUGUGCAUCUCAUCGGUCGCGAGGACGACCAAGUCAAGCUUCAUGGGAUUCGAUUCGAUUUGAGUGAUGUCGAAGCUACUGCCGAUGCAUUCUUGCCUCCAGGAGGCAAGUGUAUUGCGGUAAUCGCUGGACAGCCCGACAAGACGCUUGUCGCCUUUGUGCAUCAUCCUUCCUGCGCCUCGGAAACGAAAUCCACCCACUGGGCUUUGAAGCUUUCCCCAGAUACCACCCCUUUCCUUCUGGACCUCCGCUACCAACUUGAAACCCGACUGCAUGAUGUGAUGAUUCCGAGAUACUGGAUUCCGAUCUCUUGGAUACCUCAGGGCAACACGGGUAAGGUCGAUCGAAAGCUGCUGCAGAGAUGGUUCGAGGAGACCGCCGCUUCUGACCUCGACGCGGUCCGAUCAUACGCAACUCUUGCAAACCGUUCAGACCCGGAUGAUCAGAUCUGGGAGGCAGAGCUGAAAGCAUUCGACUCUCAUGCCAUUGGAAUGGCACUUCGCAGUGCUUGGCAACAGACGCUAGGCCUUGCCGACAAUCGAGUCUCUCUUCAUGAAUCAUUCUUCCACUCGGGUGGAGAUAGUAUCUCCGCCAUUCGGUUUUGUUCGCGGGUCAGGGCGAAGGGAAUCCAAGGAUGUACUGUUGGCCAGCUCUACCGGACCAGCUCGUUGUCCGCGUUGCUUACAGCCCUCGAGAGCGUCCAGGAACAGAGCACCGAGCCCGAAUCCACGGGUACUGUCCCACAGGAUCAUUUCGCGGGUUACGGGCUUCUGGCAUCUCGAGAUCAGUCGGAGGGGUUAAAGCGAGACAUUCAACAGGCGAUAGCGAAUACCCCCUGGCAGGAGACCCGCAUGGAGAGUGUCUGGCCCAUCCGCGAGAUUCAGAGAGCAAUGCUCUUACAAUCUAGCUCCCAGAAUGGUCGCUACGUUGUCCAGGUGAUGCUGACGCUGACCGGGACUCUGGAUUUCCAAAGACUGCGUACUGCCUGGCAAAUCUUGCAGGAGGCUCAUCCCAGUUUGCGAACCACGUUCAUUCCGGUGUACCGCGCUGAUACGGUGGAGUACUUUGCCCUCAUUCUCAAGCCCUUGACGGACUACAGCCACUUCCAUCCUCAGGUACUAGAUCUCCCCUCGGGGAACCAAUUUGAAGAGUGGUUGGAAGCUGAUCGCCACCGAGGCUUCGCAUUUGGAGAUCUUUUCCAUCGCCUAACUGUUUUCCAAUCCUCCCCCGAGACCCAUCAUCUGGUCCUGACUAUCCAUCAUGCGAUCAAUGAUGGAUGGUCCCUGGGGAUUAUGUGGAAGGAUCUUUCGGAGGCCUAUGGCAUGGGUAGCCUCUCUGCUCGACCCUCCCCUGCCCAAUUUCUAGCCAUGGAUCUGGCACGCGAUGCGGGAUCUUCUUUAGAUUACUGGAUAUCCUAUCUUGAUGGCUUCGAACCGUUUGAGGUUCGCCCACAGGCACUCCAAAGCCUGCAAGCUGCAGGUGAAGCGGCCAUGAACACCAAGCGGCUGAUUGUCAGUAUUACACCGGAGCAGAUUUCUGAUUGCGCCCAAGCUCACAGAGUGACCGGAGCCACCAUUCUCGAGGCUGUGACUGCAAUAUUUCUUGCACGGGUGACCGGUCGAUCCGACCUUGCUUUCGGAAUCACGACCAGCGGCCGAAACGCCGCCGUGGAGGGCAUUGAUGAGAUGGUGGGCCUGUUCAUCAACACUCUUCCCGUCCGUCUUAACCUCGACCAACAUGCAACAUUGUCUUCGCUUCUCCAGCAUUUGGCCCAAGACUUUGCGUCCGCCAUUCCCCAUGAGCAUGUUGCGCUCUCCCAGAUUGUUGCUAAGACUCCGGGAUCAAAAAGUCCCUUUGACACAGUGCUUGUCUACGAGAACUUUGACACCAACCACGAGCAGCAAUUUGAUGAGACGCUUGCUUUGUCGGAGAUUGACGGGCGUGAAUUCUCCGAAUUCCCGUUCAUGAUCAUUGUUGAGCAUACGUCGCAAGGCACACAGAUUGUGUUCAAAUGGACCAAUAAUCUGCUGCAGGUUGAAGAGGCGGAGGCCUGGCUGUCCCAGUUUGCCUCCCUGCUUUCCGAAGUCGUUCAGCUACCAGAUGGCGAGCAGAAACUCAAGAGAUUUGGAAGGGGAACAGACUAUCGCGAGUUCGAACAAGUGAAGACUUUGUACAAUGCCCACAGAAACUAUAUUCGGGAGAACCCGACAGAAGACACAACAUUGACUGCUCUCUUCACGAAGAGUGUCGCUCAGCAUAGAGAGAAGAUCGCCCUUCAGUCUGGGACGGAAUCUCUUUCCUUUCGUGAGCUGGACGAGAGGUCAAAUGAAGUGGCAUGCGGUCUUCUCCGCGCGAAUGUCUGUCCAGGCGAUGUGGUGCCAUUGGUCUUCUCUAGAUGUCCCGAUAUGAUCGUUGCCAUGCUGGGUGUCCUGAAGGCCGGCGCCGCAUAUUGCCCAUUGGACCCCAAGGCACCCUCGCUCCGUUUGCAGAGACUGAUCUCGAAGGUCCAAGGACGGAUCGUCGUGCUGCAGCGAGACAUUCUCUCUCCUGAAACUGUCCAGUCGAUCCGGGCGAUGGGUUUGCAGGUAGCCUGCAUCGAUACACUCACCAACAAGGGUGCAGCAUCCACAGACAGCACUGCCCUACCCGGCGUGAGUCCCGAUGAUAGAUGUUAUGUCUUAUUCACCUCGGGGACGACCGGAGAGCCCAAAGGCUGCAUUUUGUCCCACCGUGCUGUCUCUAAUGCUGUUCGAGAGACCGCCCGGAUUUACAACACCGGAAUCGGGACUCGCAUGCUGCUAUUUGCGAACUAUAUCUUUGAUGCUUCCGUGAUCGAUAUUUAUGGAUGCUUGUCCAGCGGCGCUAAACUCUGUUUUGCGUCUGAAGAUGACUUAAGAUCGGAUCUGAAUGAGGUCGUGGCCCGAUUCUCGAUCACUUCCCUUCACUUGACACCCAGCGUGCUGCGAUUUCUUGACCCGGACCGCUGCACCACUCUCCAAACGCUGGUGUCUGGUGGUGAGAAGCUUCCCACCAGCCUCCGCAACACAUGGGCCGCUCGACUACGACUUUUUGACGGCUACGGUCCCACUGAGGCUGCAGUGCAGGUAUCUGCUACUCCGAUUGUCGACCCUCACGACAGUCCCACCAUUCAACAAAUCAUCCCGGGCAACUUCGUGUUACUCCUGGAUCAACAUGGACUGGUGCCUCGUGUUGGGCAGGUCGGAGAAAUUUGCAUCGGGGGCAAGCAACUGUUCGACGGAUAUAUUGGAGAGGCUGACUUGACCGCGCGAGCCAUAACGACGAUGCCCGGGCUGGACGAAAACCUCUCUCUUUACCGCACAGGUGACCUGGGACUGUAUACUGCCGACAUGGAAAUCCACAUAAUCGGACGAAAGGAUAGUCAGGUCAAGAUAUCGGGUCAGAGAAUUGAAGUGCAGGAAGUGGAGAAUAUUCUUGUCACUGCGCCGGGUGUGUUAAGCGCUGGGGUGGCCGUUUGGCGGAAUCAAUUGAUUGCAGUCGUCCAGCAAAAGGAAUGGACCGAGGAGGUAGCUUUGAGCGAUGCCACCUGGCAAUCAUUCUGCGAGGCCAGAUUGCCAGCUCAGCUGAUUCCGACCCACUUCCUCCAGGGUACAGUGCCUCUCAACACCAGCCAGAAGGUUGAUCGGAAACAGCUGGCUCAAGUGGUGGCGUCUAAGAUGCAAGACGUAUCCACGGCCGGCUGUUCCAGCGAGCAGGAAGCGCAGACGGGGGCUGAAGCCUAUAUUCUGAAGGUGAUCAGUGACUUGCUGGGGACUCAAGUCAUUGACGCAGAAGCAUCAUUUGCAUCAAUCGGUCUCAGCUCUCUGCCCCUGAUGGAGCUUCGGGCCAUCGUGUCGCAUCACUUUUCUCGCGAGUUGUCAUUUUCCGAGCUCAACUCGGCUGGCAAUGCUCGACGUCUGGCAGCUCGACUGGACUCCGCAUCGCCAAUUACCCCUUCAUCCGAAAGUGCACCUCUGCAUCUCGUAAAUGAUCAGGUCGAGGCACUCUCCACCCAGCGUCGGAUGUGGCUAGCCCAGCAACGACUCCAGGACGAAACCUACAACGUCUGCAGUCUGUUGACCCUGAAAGAUGCCUCUGCCUCGCGAAUGGCUGAGGCCAUACGCUAUGUCGUCCACCACAUUGAUGCCUUCCGGCUGACAUUCACCUGGAACAGUCACACGAACUGUCUUCAACAGGCGCUAAAGUCCGAGUUGACGGUACCUGUGGAGCUUGUCGCAAUGAAGGAUCUCACCGAGAUUCAAGAGGCUAGUCGCCAGUAUGCGCAGCGGUGCUGGGACCUGGAGAAUGGUCCCAUGGCGCAGUUUGUGGUAUUCGAUCGUGGGGCGGAGGGCAUUGCAAUCUUUUACAACAUCCAUCACAUCCUGGUGGACGAAUGGACCACACAGCAGAUGUUAGAGACUAUCCUGGAUGUCUAUUUCAAUCGGUCGUCAGGACUCAAAUAUGGCUCAACUGUCGAGUAUGCCGGUCUGGCGUCACAGUACGGUCCAGGCAGUUCGCUUUACGACAAAACCAUGGCAGGCCUGCUGAAACACUUGGAUGAUGUCCCUUCUUUCGAUACCUCGAAUUGGCCCACUCCACCCGCUGGACAGGCUACUCGAGAGUCUGCCAAUAUCAGACACUUUGUGCCAUCAUCUGAGUUUGAACAAUUCAAACGGACUUGCUCCGGAGCUGGCAUCUCGUGGUUUUCUGCUUUGCUGGGCCUCUUCCAACUGCUUCUCCAUCGGUACACUUCUACGCAAGAGCUGGGCGUCCUCAUUCCGGUAUCAAUGCGUGGAGCACUGGCAUCCAGUGGUGACGUCUUUGGCAAUAUGGUCAAUACAGCGCUCCUCCGCUCGGUCCGCGAGGGCGAAAAGACGUUGCGACAAUUCCUCGAACAGACCGCUGCAUCCGUCAAUUUUGCAAUGGAUACAGUCGUAGUUCCAUUCGAAGACGUCCUCGCGCAGCUCAAGACCACGGUCAGCGAGCACUCGGUCAUCUUCGUUGCCCAAGAGCAAGGUGCCUCUGUUGCGAGCAAACAGAUUGUGGAUAUCACGAGGGAGACGUUUCAUGCACGGCCAGUGGCAUUUGAUUUGCAACUGACUCUUACCAGCACCAAAGAGGGUAUCGUGCUGGAUUUCCAGUAUGAUCGCUCGAAGUUUGAGGCCUCCUACAUGCACGAAAUUGCGAUGGGCUAUGCCCAGCUUUUACAAUGCGCAUUUUCACUUUGCGACACUCCUGUGAAGCACAUUGACCUCUGCACCCCUGAGCAGCGGCAGAUGAUGGAGGCAUUUGCCAACUUUCCCACCGUCAAACCACCGUGUCGCGAUGCCUUGCUCCACGAGCUUUUCGAGGAGACUGCGACCAGACAGCCUGGCUCCAUUGCUGUAGAUCAUUGGGAUGGUGAGCAACAUACUCUGACAACCUAUCAGGAGCUGGAUGCAAAGGCGGCCACCCUCGCGAGGCUUCUGCAAGCAGAGUACGGCGUUCGGGUCGGUGAUAUUGUCCCCGUUUUCGUGGAUCAGGGGACUAUCUACGUGAUCUCCGUGUUAGCGGUUUUGAAGACCGGUGCAACCUUUACCCCGAUGGCUCAGGAUGGAACCUGGCCAGCCAACCGAGUGACGGGCAUCGUCACCGAGUGUUCAUCUAAGGUGGUCAUUGCCGACAUCGAGACCCCUGAAAAUCUGCCCUGUCCGACGCUGCAGAUUCAUUCGGUGGACUUUUCUGGCAAAGGAGAGACGGCCCCCAUCGUUUGUGAAGCCACCCCGGACACGAUCUCCUACAUUCUGUGGACAUCGGGCACGACCGGAGCGCCUAAGGGAGUCAUGAUUCCUCAUUCUUCUGCCGUGACUUAUUUCCGGGAGGCCGCUGCCUGCUUAUACCAGGGUACGGCUGCAGAUCGUACCUUUCAGUUUGCAAGUCCCGUGUUCGAUGCCAGCAUGGAGGAUCUUUUCCACACCUUUGUCGAGGGGGGUACCCUAUGUACGGCUCCCAGGCAGCUGCUUCUGUCGGAUCUGCACAAUGUCUUCCGCGCUCUCCAUCCCACCGUUGCAGACCUCACCCCGACUGUGAUCUCGCUGCUUGAACCCUUUCUUGGCUCCUUCCGCGUCCUGGUCACUGCUGGGGAGCCACAGAAUGAAAAGGUGCGCGCGGACUGGACCAAGUCGUCGACUCGGCUCAUCAAUGCCUGUGGUCCGGCUGAAAAUACCGUCAUAUCGUACUUCGGACCGGUGACUCCGACAAGCAAUAUUCGGUCCAUUGGUCGCCCGGUGGCUUCGGUGGUGACCCUUAUUCUCGAUGCCUUCGGCAAGGUCUGCCCCCGACACGCCCUGGGCACCCUUUGGCUUGGGGGUUCCCAGUUGUUCACGGCCUAUCUGAAUCAGCCUGAACUCACUGCCCGCGUCUUCAUCAAUCAUCCUAGAUAUGGUCGACUGUACAACUCCGGCGACGUAGCCUACUACGACUCCGAGGGUCAGAUCAUCCACUGUGGUCGUGGAGAUGACCAAGUCAAGAUUCGCGGUCAACGUCUGGAGCUAAGCGGCAUCAACUCGAUGAUUGAGGAGUGUGACUUUGUGCGCCGCGCACUAGUUAUGAAGGAUAAGGAGAAGCUGAUCGCUUUUGUGGUUUGGGCGGAUGAACCGGAACGGCCGGUCACGGAGCUCCUCGCUGAAACUCUCAAUCCCGAUGAGCACAGCAAGCUCAAGGCUCUCAGAGAGUCUAUGAAGGCUAAGGCUUCAUCUGCCAUGAUCCCAUCCAUCUGGAUCCAGGUCAAUAAGGUCCCCCUCCGGCAAAGUGGCAAGGCAGACCACAAGCUUCUGCGAUCCCUCAUCACCCACCAGGAGACCUCGGAGGACGAGUCAGGCAAACCCCCCGUUACGCCGGUGGAACACGUACUUCACGAUGCCUGCUGCCGCACCCUGGGAUUGCGCGCGGUGGGAAUGGAGCGGAAUGUCUUCGAAUUGGGCAUGGACUCGUUCUUGGUGAUGAGGUUCUUGUCGGAAACUCGCAAACAUCUCCCCAAGUGCCGUUUGACCCUCCGCCAUGUUGCUGAAGCCCCAACUUUAGAAGGAUUAGCUGCGGGGAUAGAGGUCCCCGAUGUGGACCAUCAAGCACUAGUUUGCCUGGAAUUGCCCGCUGUGUCCAGGUUCGAUCGAGAAUCGACAGCCCUUGUGCCGGCCAGCUCGGUUCAGACCCGGUUCUACUGGGCCCAGGCCCUUCUGGCCGAUGCCACCUACAAUGUGCCCUCGCUCUAUAAGCUUGACGGCCUCCUCCCAGGCAGGGUUGAAUCAGUCAUGGCGUCUAUUCUAAAUGAGCAUGCCAUUUUCCGGACCACGUUUGUCUCUGAUGGCGACGCAUUGCGACAGAAACUCCAUACUACCUCUCAGGUGGAGGUCCGGCAAUGUGAUCUUGCCUCCUUGGAUGGAAAUGAUGCAACGCACGCCAUGCGGGAUAUGUGUAUCAAGGAUGCUGCAACGGUAUUUGAUCUGAAAAAGGGGCCGCUGGGCCGUGUGAUUCUCUUCCUGCUGCCGGGAGAAUCCAGCUUUCUCUUUCUCAACUUCCAUCACAUCAUCAUCGAUGAGCAGUCUAUGCGACAACUUGUGCAUGAAGUUGCUCGACGAGCAGGUCAAAUUGAGGCAACACCGGUGGUAACUCCCACGGGGGGGCCACAGUAUGCUGACUUUGCUGAGCAAGAACAGAAGCUCCUUCAAAAUCCCGAUAUGCAAGCCGAGUCUAAAAGCUUCUGGCAGGAGUAUCUGUCGAAUUUCACUCCGGUGAAUAUUCCGCCCUUCCAUCUGGGAUCGGGCAAGCCGCAGCGUGCCAUGUGCCAUUACGACUUUACUUUGCCCCAAGACAGCCUGAGUUGGGUCCGCAAGCAGGGUCUCACCAACUUUUCUGCCUUCCUUUCUCUAUACAUGAUCCUGCUGCACCGGGUCUGGAACCUAGCGGAUGCCACAGUGACAAUCCCUGCCUCGCAAAGAGCCGACCAAGGUUCCACCGAGAUGUAUGGGUGCUUCAUCAACACUGUUCCGGUGCGUGCGCAAUUGUCGGGAAAUCGCCGACUUGGGCCAUUCCUCAAGUCGAUGUCUCGCGAUCUGUUCCGGGUGUUGCACAAGUCAUAUCUUCCCUACGACCAGAUCCUAGACGCUGCCAAGAUCGGCACAGACAAUCUACCUCUGAUGUUUAUUUACCAUGAGGCCUCGAAGGAUGUCUGUGACGGGUUAGUUGACGCACACCACCUGCUUCGCGAGACAAACAGCGAGACUUCCGGACAGUCUAAGUUUCCCGUCACCUUUUCUAUGACCCUUGGCGAGCAGAAGGAGGUUUGGAAUGUCACUCUGAAUGUGGAGUACGACAUGAGCAUGAUCCAGAGGAAAUCUGUCGAUCAACUGUGCGAGCAUUUUGCGAGCCUGCUUCGUGCGGUCAGCCAGUCCGCUGAUGAUAUAUCAAUUGGUCACUUGGAUAUUCUCACGCCGCAAGAGAAGGAACUGGUGCAGAUUCAACAGCGAAACAUUAGCGCGGUCCAUCGAGAGAAACUCGCCCCGAGAUUUGUCCACCAGCUGGUCCGUGAUCAAGCUGCACAAUUCCCCGACCAGAUCGCCUGCGAUUUCGAGGGUAAAGAGACAGUGACCUACCGGGAGCUUUGGAACAAAGUGGAGCACAUUUCUGCCGGAUUGAUCUCUUUCAGACAAGGCGUCGACAACAAGGUCGGGAUCUUCAUGGAUGCGGGGAUUGAUCGCAUUGCCUCCAUUCUAGCUGUGCUCAAUUGCGGCAUGGCAUGGGUCCCUCUGGAAGUGAGCCUUCCUGUCGCUCGACUCGUCACAAUCGUGGAGGACUGCCAGCCUCAAGUGAUCUUGACGACACAGACCCUAGGAAGCGAUCAUAACACGGUCUUGCAGGAGCUCCACAAUGCCACCGCUCAUCAGGUUCCUCUGUAUAGGCUUCCCUCCGCAGCGCCCACCACUGAAGCGCCCACGGUCGUUGUAGCUGACCACCUUCAACAGAGCGAUCUUGCCUACAUUUUAUACACCAGUGGAUCUACCGGCAAGCCCAAGGGGGUUCAAGUAGAGCAUCUCCCUCUGCUCAAUGCGAUUCUGGCUUUCCGUUCCUUAUAUGAGUGUGGGCGGGACAGCCGCUUCCUGCAAUUUGUUCCAUGGACUUUCGAUAUCUCGAUCAUGGAUGUCUUCGCAUCCUUGACCACCGGUGCCACUCUGUGCCUGGGUGGCAAAGACUUCCUGCUUUCCAAUUUCAAUUCGAUCUUUUCUCGGAUGCAAAUCACCCAUAUAUUGGCGUCACCGACGAUGAUGAGCCUUCUCACUCCCGAGGAAGCUCCGACCUUGAAGGUUUUGAGCAGUGGUGCAGAAGCCAUGACAGCCAAGGUCCGUGAUGUCUGGGCCGACCGAGUCACCGUCUUCAAUGCUUUUGGGCCCACGGAGGCUUGUAUCUACAAUCUUGUGUCGCGUGUGCGUCGCGACUUGGAGCCCAACAAUAUCGGAAUGCCCACUCCAGGAAACACGGCGUUUAUUGUCAAUGAGGAGCUCGGAUUGUGUCCCGUUGGAACAAUCGGACAGCUGGCCAUCGGAGGAGUUCAGCUGUCUCGGGGAUAUCUCAAUCGCCCAGAAGCAAACCGUGCAUUCGUGAAUCACCCUCUCCUGGGACGCAUUUAUCUUACCGGCGACUAUGCUAUCAGAAAUCAUGACCAAUCUAUCACCUACCUGGGCCGCAUGGAUACUCAGACCAAAAUCCAUGGCCAGCGCGUCGAGCUUGAGGAGAUCUCCAACACUGCUCUCGCACAUCCUGCGAUGCAUAAUACACUGGCUAUGGUUGUCGACCGCGCCAGCACCAGCCAUCUGGCACUUAUAUUCGAGCCCAGUGGACGUGGUGGGUCUACCGUGAGGCAGACUGAGAUGCAGGCUCUCGAUGCUCGGGACUUCCAGGGCAUUAUCUCAGAGGUUCACUCUAACCUCCUCUCCAUCCUUCCCCACUACGCCGUCCCCAGCUUGUUCAUUCCCAUCUCAUUCAUGGCCAUGAAUGCAAACCAGAAGACGGACAGAAAGCGCGCCGCUGCUCUUGUAGCCGACCUGAGUGAUACCCAACUGUUGUCGUACAGUGUCGAAGCCCAGGAGAAAGCCGCCAAUCUGCCGCUGGAGACCGAGCAAGAGUUCCUGAUUGCUGACACGAUGCGUCAAGUCUUGAAAGUCCGAGAAAUCUUCGCGAACAGUAACUUCUUUGCCAUGGGCGGAACGUCCAUCUCCGCCAUCCGUCUUUGCUCCAUCCUGAGACGAUCUGGGUUCACCCUCAUUGUCAACCACGUCUACGCGCAUCCAACCGUCGCCGAGCUUGCCGCCAACGUCAGAUACAAGUCUCCUGUGACCAUGGCUUCUGACAACAAGCUCGCCAGCUGGGGUAACAUCCAUCCGAUUCCGAUCAUGGACUGGUUCAUCGAUCAGCAAAAGAUCAAUCCCAACUGGAACAAUCAGGCUCACCUGCUGCGGAUGGCUCGCUCGGUCACUUUCACGGACACGGAGCAAGCGUGGCAGCGCAUCACCGAGAUUCAUCCUUCUCUGCGCAUUCGAUGUAGUAGUUCGACUCGGGCGCCGCCCAGGCUAUAUAUUCCGAUCCAGUCUUCCUCACGGGAUUAUGCCAUUAUCCGCCGCGCCGUGCCCUCCGAGAAAGCAAUGGAGUUGAUGAUCCCACAAGUACAAGCUUCACUGGACAUUACCAAGGGACCCGUUUCUGCGUUGGCCUGGAUCGAGACUCCAUCAACAACCUACUGUCUCAUUGUGAUCCACCAUCUCGCCAUCGAUAUUGUCUCCUGGCAGAUCAUCUUUGACGACCUCGAACAAAUCCUCGCGGGCGAGUCGGUCUUGCCCGAAGGCAGUUCCUUCCGUCGCUGGUCUCUGCAAGUACGCGAGAGGCAAAAGUCAGCCCUUCCCCGGGGCUUAGAUACGACUGCCAAUUGUUCGGGAUCAGAGCAACAUGAGAACCAUCGCAUCGUCCCCGCGUUCGCCUCCCAUCGCCACCGGAACGUUCAGUCCACCGUUGCGAUCAUCGAAACCAGUCUUGCCGCGGAUCUGACCCAGCUCUGUCUGACCGAUGCCAACAAGACGCACCGCACCGAGCCCGUCGAGCUCCUCCUCGCGGGUCUGACCCUUGCUUUGUACCGCUGGCGACAGAUCCGCCGCGUCGAGCUGACGCUCGAAUCGCACGGCCGGGAGUUGCAAAACGAGGCACUCGACCUCUCGCGAACCGUGGGAUGGUUCACGUAUCUCUACCCCGCGGUCUUUGCAAUCCCUCUGCCGAGCAUCAGCGGCAGCAGCAGGAGAAGGGAGAUCGACAGUGAUAGCGACAGCGACGGGACGACGCGCGGCAGCUACACCACUCACGAUAGUGACAGUGACAGCGACAGCAACAGCGGGUGCAGCAGCCGCAGCAGCAGCAGCAGCAGUAUUCCCCGCGACGACAAGACAGGUGUUGUUAUUCCGGCUCUAGUGUCGCUCACCAAGGCGACGCGUCGCACGGCCUCUCAGGGCACGGAUUUCGCCGUCUCGAACCAGUCCGGCGCGGGCGAUCAUCCAGUCCUCAUGUUCAAUUAUGCCGGCACGUAUCACAGCGGUAACACGGGGGAUGGGCAGCUUUUUGAUGCGGUCACUCUGCCAUCGGUGGAGACCUCGAUGGAGGAUCCCCGGAACGUUCGGCCGUCGGUGUUGGACUUCAACUGCGGGGCAAAGGAUGGCGUGAUGAGUUUGAGUAUCUUGUACAGUCAAGCCAUGCAUGCUGAGGAAGAUGUGCAAGCGUUGCUGACGUUCUGGAAAGAGGGUGUGGAGGAGAUCGUUAAGGAGUGUGUUGGUUACUAA